AUGCAUUCUUCGGUUUUGUCCAUCUGGGUUUCCAGCGCGUUUGCCCAUGCGGCACGCGCCGCCGUCAUCUCCCAGCAAUCUCCAACGGAUCUGACCGGAAGCCUGACAGUCGAUACAACAGCCGGCAGUGUUACUGGAUUCAUCAACGAGACAGCCCCGGACGUACGCCAAUGGCUCGGAGUUCCCUAUGCAGAGCCUCCUGUAGGCGCACUUCGCUUCCUACCUCCGCAGCCCAAGACAGCCUUCGGAAACUUGACGACAACUGCGUACCAGCCGUCCUGUAUGCAACAGCUCAGCAAUUCUAGCACGCCGUACACCGAUGUUGUACCAGAGUUUCUCAUCAACGGUGGUCAGUCGGAAGACUGUCUGUACGUCAAUGUGUACGCCCCGCUGCAUCCUGUGGAAGAGAAGCUACCGGUCUUCAUCUACAUUCCCGGUGGCGGCUUUACUGGCGGAGGCGCAGACUCACUUUACAAGAUCCCGGAUCAGUGGAUUCAAAGAACACAAGGCCACAUCUUCGUCAUCAUGAACUACCGGGUCAACAUCUUCGGAUUUCCGAACGCAGGAGCUGCGUCUCAGAAUGCCGGGCUUCUCGACCAGAGAUUGGUUGUCGAGUGGGCAAGAGACAAUAUCGCGGCCUUCGGCGGCGACCCAAGCAAGAUCACCUUAUGGGGUCAGUCGGCUGGUGGUACGUCAGUCGGCAUGUACGGAUACGCCUGGUACGAGGAUCCCAUCGUCUCUGGUCUGAUAGCCGACUCUGGUGCGGCCUCAAUCCUGACCGUCAAUGAUCCCGAGCACGCAACCUUCACCAAGUUUGCGGGAUUUGUCGGUUGUGCGAACCUCACUGCCGAGGAAGAGCUCGAGUGCAUGCAGAAUGUCGAUGCAGAGACCAUCCAAAACACGCUGAGCUUCGGCGGCACAGGUACAGCAUUCAGGCCGGUUGCUGAUGAUGUGACUGCGUUCACCAAUAUCUCUCAGCGUCUUGUGGAUGGAAAGUUCGCAGACGUACCAUACAUCACGGGGUCAAACUCCAACGAGGGCGCAUCCUUAGGAUCAACCUACGACCCGAACGGUAUGGUUCCGGGCCAAUACGAAAACGGUUUGAGAUCCAUCAACUGCCCGGUCUCUCAAGAAGUGGCAAACCGUGAGGCAGCCGGCUUGACAACCUACUACUACGAGUACGCCGGUAACUUCAGCAACAUUUCGCCUCUUCCAUGGCUCGGAGCAAUGCACAGCGCUGAGCUUCCCCUGGUGUUUGGAACCCAUUUCCAAUACCGCGGCAACUCAACAGAGUUCGAAUGGGAAGUCGCAAGCGCGAUGCAAGAACUCUGGCUCUCGUUCGCGGUGAACCCAUCUCAAGACCCUGCGACCGCGGAUGGAUUUGUUUGGCCCAAGUACACUGCGGAGGUGGACAGUAUGGUCUUGUUUGCCGCCGAAGAUGAAGUUUCUCAGUUGCAAUCUAGUAGCAUUCUCGCAGAACAAUGUUCAGCGCUGUCGACGGAGUAA